AUGGGACAGCGAGGAACUGAAGUGGCCAAGGACGCCUCGGACAUUGUGCUGCAUGAUGACAACUUCUCCUCGGUGGUCAAGGGCAUGGAACAAGGACGGUUGUCGAGCGAGAACUUGCAGAAGUCCAUCAUGUACACGCUUUGUUCCAAGGUGCCUCAAGUGGCUCCCACCUUCGGUGAGCUCUUUGGGGUUCCGCAGGCUCUGACUGUCGCCCAAGUGCUUCUGAUCGACAUUGGCACUGAUAUUUGGACGGCGAUCGCCUACGCUCUCCAACCCGCAGAGUCCAAGUUGAUGGAACGACCUCCGCGACAUCCCAGAUACGAAAAGAUGGUGAACUGCAAGGUUCUCGUGUAUAGUUAUGGCUACAUCGGACAGCUGCAGAUGCUCUUUUGCUGGCUGAUGUUCUUCUGGGCGACGCCGGGCAUGUGGGACUUGUACCUCUCUGGGAAGAGUCCCAACGACUAUGUGGCACAGGACUUCAAGACUGACACGAUGGGCAUGACUGUGUAUUAUUGGACGCUGGUCCUGGGACAGAUUGCUGCGGCAGUGUCUACGACGACCAAGCUACAGAGUGUCUUGGGCUUUGGAACGGCACCGUACUGCUUCCCGAACAGCACGCUGAAUCUGAUGUUCGUGGGCGAAAUCGUGAUGGGGCUCGCGGCCAUCUACUGCCGUCCCAUCCAAGAAGCUUUUAAGACAGGAUGGAUUCCCAUGAGAGCCGUCCUCCUACCCGUGGUGGCCUUUAUAGGUAUCACCAUAGUGGAUGAGAUCCGGAAGAUGAUGGGUCGCAGUUGUGAAGAGUCUUCUUCCUCUUUGCCUCGAUCGUAG